AUGUCACCCCAUGCAGAAAUACUUUCAAAGGCCGUUCCGACGGGGGCGAACAACUGGUGGAAGGAGGCAACGGUUUACCAGGUAUACCCAGCUUCCUUCUAUGAUUCGAACGGCGACGGCUGGGGUGAUAUCCCCGGUGUUAUCGCAAAAAUCCCCUACCUCCACUCGCUGGGAAUCGACGUCGUCUGGCUGUCUCCAAUGUACGACUCGCCCAUGCACGACAUGGGCUACGACGUCUCGGACUAUGAGAGUGUUCUUCCGGCGUACGGAACCGUUAAAGAUGUCGAAGAGCUGAUACAGGCAUGCCAUGAACGGGGCAUGAAGCUUAUUCUUGACCUCGUCGUCAACCAUACCAGCGAUCAACACGAAUGGUUUAAGGAGAGUCGCAGCAGCAAAGAUAACCCCAAAAGAGAUUGGUACUUCUGGCGUCCGCCGCGAUAUGAUGAACAAGGGAACCGUCUGCCUCCGAGCAACUAUCGAGGAUAUUUUGCGGGGAGUACAUGGACAUGGGAUGAGCAUACUCAAGAAUACUACCUCCACCUCUACGCCCCAAGCCAACCGGAUUUGAAUUGGGACAACGAAUCCACGCGACAAGCAAUCUACAAAAGCGCAGUCCACUUCUGGCUGGAAAAGGGCAUUGACGGCUUCCGCGUCGACACGGUCAACAAAUACAGCAAGCACACCUCCUUCCCCGAUGCACCAAUCGUCGAUCCCAAAAGUUAUAUCCAACCAGCGAUCCCAAUGUGGUGCAACGGGCCACGUAUUCACGAGUUCCUCCGCGAGAUGUAUGACACCGCUCUCGCGCCAUAUGGGGAUGUCGUCACUGUCGGUGAGCUAGCGAAUACGCCCGAUCCAAAACAAGUCUUGGAAUAUGUCGGCGCAUCAGCGAAGGAGUUGAGCAUGGUAUUCCAUCUUGAUAUCGGACAUAUCGGGAUGGGCGCCUUAGAAGAUAAAUACAUAUUUCACCCGUGGGAAUUGUCAAAGUUGAAGGAUGUCGUCUACAAGUGGCAAAGCUUUGUCGAGGAAAGCGAUGGAUGGACGACAGCGUUCUGCGAGAAUCAUGAUAACGGGCGCUCUGUAUCGCGGUUUGGCGACGAUUCCCCCGCUUUUCGUGAAAUCAGCGCGAAGAUGCUGGCGAUUAUGAUGGUUUGCAUGACGGGCACCUUGUUUCUCUACCAGGGACAGGAAAUUGGCAUGAUCAAUGCGCCAUCUGGAUGGCCCAUUGAUGAGUAUCGCGAUAUCGAGGGACUAGGCUAUUAUCGCGAAGCCGAGUCCCUGGAAAAAAGUGGCGUCGAUACUUUGCGCAAAAAGAAGAUAAUGGACGGACUGAGAAUUCUCGCUCGUGAUCAUUCUCGAUUGCCUAUGCAGUGGGAUGAUUCUCCGCAUGCAGGAUUCACAACUGGCAAACCUUGGAUGAGAGCUCACGACCUAUACCCUGAGAUUAAUGUCAAGCGACAGGAGCCAGAGAGGGGGAGUGUGCUAUCAUUUUGGAAGCAACUGCUCACGCUUAGGAAAACGUAUCGGGAUUUGUUUAUCCAUGGGGCAUUUGAGGUCUUGGAUCGUGAGAAUCCAGCAACAUUUUGCUUUUUGAAGAGCAGAGAGGAGAAAGAGGCUUUGAUCAUCUUGAACUUUACGGCGCAAAACCAGCCGUUCAAACUUGCCGAGAAGACUUCUGGGAUGAAGCUGCUGGUCGGCAAUUACGAGGUUUCUGUAUUUGAGACCCUGAAACCAUUCGAAGGUCGAAUUUACAUCAAAUAA